AUGGCGGUGUGCGCUCGCCUCUGUGGCGUGGGCUCUUCGCGGGGAUGCCGGCGUCGCCAGCAGCGCCGGGGCCCGGCCGAGACGGCGGCGGCCGACAGCGAGCCGGACACCGACCUAGAAGAGGAGCGCAUCGAGGCGGGCGCGGCGGCGCUGUGCGGGGAGUGGGGCGGCCGGAGCGCGAGCCCCUCGCCGCCCCCGCGCUGCUCGCUCCUGGAGCUGCCUCCCGAGCUGUUGGUGGAGAUCUUCGCCUCGCUACCCGGCACCGACCUGCCCAGCCUGGCACAGGUCUGCACCAAGUUCUGUCGCAUCCUGCACAAUGACACCAUCUGGAGACGGCGCUGCCGGGAGGAGUAUGGUGUUUGUGAAAACCUGCGGAAGCUGGAGAUCACAGGUGUGUCUUGUCGAGACGUCUACGCGAAGCGUAUAAACCCUCGCGUGAAGUCAGGACGUUUCAUGAAAAUUCUUCCCGAUUACGAGCACAUGGAGUACAGAGAUGUAUACACUUGCCUGCUGCACCGAUACAGACACAUCUUGGGGUUGUGGCAGCCAGAUAUCGGGCCGUAUGGAGGACUGCUGAACGUGGUGGUGGACGGCUUGUUCAUUAUUGGUUGGAUGUACCUGCCUCCCCAUGACCCUCAUGUGGACGACCCAAUGCGAUUCAAGCCCUUGUUUAGAGUCCACCUGAUGGAGAGGAAGUCGGCCACCGUGGAGUGCAUGUAUGGCCACAGAGGGCCCCACAACGGCCACAUCCAAAUUGUGAAGAAGGACGAGUUCUCCACCAAGUGCAACCAGACAGAGCACCACAGGAUGUCUGGUGGGCGACAGGAGGAAUUCCGAACGUGGCUGAGGGAAGAAUGGGGGCGGACGCUGGAGGACAUUUUCCACGAGCACAUGCAGGAGCUCAUCCUGAUGAAGUUCAUCUACACCAGUCAGUAUGACAACUGCCUGACCUACCGCCGCAUCUACCUCCCGCCCAGCCACCCGGACGACCUCAUCAAGCCAGGCCUCUUCAAAGGCACCUAUGGCAGCCACGGCCUGGAGAUUGUCAUGCUCAGCUUCCAUGGGAAGCACGCCAGGGCCACGAAGAUCACGGGUGACCCCAACAUCCCCGCUGGGCAACAGACAGUAGAGAUCGACCUCAUGCACCGCAUCCAGCUGCCUGACGUCGAGAACCUCUGCAACUUCAACGAGCUCUCCCGCAUCGUCCUGGAGGUUCAUGAGCAGGUGCGCCAGGAGCAGCAGCAGCAGGAAGACAGGACUGAGGAUGGCGAGGGUGCCGGGCCACCCACUGCGAAGGUCAGAGAGCCCAGGCACGAAGAGGCCGCAGCUCUGCAGGAGCAGCCUGUCCCGUUUGUUCUGCCUGUGGGUGUGAGCUCCAGGAAUGAGAACUACCCCCGAACCUGCAGGAUGUGUUUCUACGGCACGGGCCUCAUCGCUGGCCAUGGCUUCACUAGCCCUGAGCGCACCCCGGGAGUCUUCAUCCUGUUCGACGAAGACCGCUUUGGGUUCAUCUGGCUGGAGCUGAAGUCCUUCAGCCUGUACAGCAGAGUCCAGGCCACCUUUCGGAAUGCGGAUGCUCCAUCCCCACAGGCCUUUGAGGAGAUGCUCAAGAACAUUCAGUCCCUGACCUCCUGACGGCCCCCUUCCCUGCCGGGGUUGGGGGGCAGCUCCGAACCCAUGACCUGGGAAGAGCAGCAGCAUGCACUUUGGAGAUUAGACUUUCUAACCUGAACACCCACCGUCUUGUAGGCAUCUCAGCCCAAGACACUUUCUAUAGAGUGUGCAACAUAUGUCUGCAUAUUUGCCGCUAGCCGAUGGGAAGGCCGAGCUGAGCUGAGCAUGUCUUAUAAAGAAAGAAAAGGAAUCGGAGAAAUCGAGUUUGUCUCUGGCUCACUGACAGUUUUCUAGGAAAACAAAAUCCUCCUUCAGGGAAGUUCAUGACAUAACUGAGUGUCUUGAUGUCAGGGUCCAGUGUGGGGGUGCCAGCUCCGCCAUCCACUCUGCAGAACGCACAUGAAAGUGGCCAUCAGCCUGUGAGGGCCUCGCGGAGGUGAAGUGCAGCCUGGGCUGGUAGGGAGGCCCGUGUUUGUAGACAGAGCCCCAGGGAGUCGGGGGCUGUCAGUCUCCGGACGCAGGCCUGAGUUCCCAUUUCUCUUUAUUUUGUUUUUGUUUUCUUUUUAUCCUCACUUUUUUGGUGAAUUUUUGUUUCUAUACUGACUCUGAUUUUGGACAAGAGCACUUCACCCCCAUCUCAGUUUCUGAAUCAGGAGAAUGGGGCUAGUGAUAGGAGUCACUGGAGAACAUCACUGCAGGUUUCAGCAGUUUGGUGGCCCUGUGGACACUGCCCUGGGCCUGGGCCCUGGUAGCACCAUGAGCUCGCCCUGGUGUCUCUAGCUUUAGAGCCUUCCCUGCAGCCAGUUGCAGUCGGCACGCACUGUGUACCGCCCUGCACACAGGUAUCUGCUCUCAUGUUAGAAACCCAAACUGCAGCCACGUGUCCCAGAACUGGGGCCAGGGCUAUGUCUUUUUAUGACCCUGUGUGUGUGUGCCAUCUGCACAUGUGAUUCACAGAGGACAGGGCGGAGUUUGUCCCCUCUCCGUUGCGUGUCCUUGGGUGCAUUGUGUUAAGCCCUCAGGCUCGGUGCAAAGGACUCCAGGGAAGGGGACAGCUUUUUGGUACCUCCAUGUGGAGACCAGCCUGAGCUGUCUCAUGAAAUGUGUCCCCUUUUCCUCAUUAGUUUCUCUCUGGCCUUUUUAAAAAUUUAUUUAAAUAAAAAUAUUCCCACUGCCCUAGCUUCAGUUUGUUUGGCAACUUUGACCUUUUUGCUUCCGAGUGUCAGAAUCAACAAGCUUUGGAACACAGCCCCUAAAUGGCAGACUGGCUCUCCCAGGAGGUUCUGUGGAGACCCGGGAGAGGCAGGUGGAGAAGGUGAGGUCCCUCCUGGGCAGCCAUGGGGCUCAUCUGCCUGGUGCUGUCAGCUGAGUCUCAUCAGAGAUGCAUGCCCGCUGCUCACCUUCCAGAUCCUUCUAGCAGGUCCUGCAGUCACGUUGAAGCAUGCUCCCAGUUUUCACGUCUUUUGCAGGACUGAGCCUAAAAGUGUCACUGCUCCUAUCUUGCAGUAUGACUUUUCCUCUCGUGCCAAGUGUGGCCGGCCCUGAACCGUGUGAUAACUAUGGCCGUGAAGCUUUGAAGAAAGUAAAAAUGAAAGACAACUGGGUGUGCAAGCUGUUCUCUAAGUUUCACCAUUGUUUAAAUAAAAUCAAGAAAAUGCCUAUUUUACCCAGAGCCUGAAGCUCGCUCUAAGGAACACCAUCCGCGUCUGAGGCCUCCCCUAAGUAUUGUAAAGCUCACAUGGAUCGAAGAUGAGUACUUCUGAUUAAAAACCGAUCUCAAAUCCAAAUGAUGUAACCUGCCUCUGGUGUUUGGAUCUAUGCAUGGUUUCUACAAAUAAUGAGUAACCCUGGGCUGUGGACUGUUGGUUGUAUUCACGUCAGGCUUGUCUCUGAUGUGAGGUGAGGGCACAGGGCCUGUGGGGUCUGUCCAUCUGGCCGUGGCCCGCAGUGACGCCAAGGGCCAGCUGCCAG